GCGGGGAGAUAGGAGGGGCUGGCUGCGUCUCCAUGGUGACUGCAGACGCCGCGGUGCAAGUUGCUGGUGCUUACUACAAAACGCCACCGCAGCGGCUGGGAUCAAGUCUGAGCAGAGGCCAUGUCGGACCUGGGCUCGGAGGAGUUGGAGGAGGAGGGAGAAAAUGAUCUUGGGGAGUACGAAGGGGAACGGAAUGAGGCCGGCGAGCGGCACGGCCACGGGAGAGCCCGGCUGCCCAACGGGGACGUGUACGAGGGUGGCUACGAACACGGGAAGAGACACGGCCAGGGGACCUACAAAUUUAAAAAUGGCGCUCGAUACGUUGGAGAAUAUUUUAAGAACAAAAAGCAUGGUCAAGGCACUUUUAUAUACCCAGACGGAUCAAAAUACGAAGGGGAGUGGGUGGACGACCUCAGGCACGGCCACGGCAUCUACUACUACGUCAACAACGACACCUACACCGGAGACUGGUUUGCUCACCAAAGGCACGGGCAGGGCACCUACAUUUACGCGGAGACUGGCAGCAAGUAUGUGGGAACCUGGGUGAACGGACAGCAGGAGGGCGCGGCCGAGCUCAUUCACCUGAACCACAGGUACCAGGGCAAGUUCUUGAACAAAAACCCCGUCGGCCCUGGGAAGUACGUGUUUGACAUCGGAUGCGAGCAGCACGGGGAGUAUCAGCUCACAGACGUGGAAAGAGGGGAAGAGGAAGAGGAGGAGGAAGCAGUAGUAACUGUCAUUCCGAAAUGGAAAGCUACCAAAAUCACCGAGCUGGCCUUGUGGACACCGACCCUCGCCGAGGAGCAGCCGUCGGUGGACGUCCCUGGCCAGGAGGAGGUCCCAGGAAUGGAGGGUGGGGAGGAGCCUGUGGAGGAGGCCCAGCCUCUGACGGAUGGUUCCGAUGGGGAGAAUGAAUUCCUGAGGGCCGGCGAGGAAGAGCCCGACACCUUCCGGGAGGAGGGCAGCGACUACGGCCGGGAGGACUUCCGCUAUGACAACGUGGAGCAGGGAAACGCGAGUUUCGAAGAGGAUGACUCCAGACAGUCCGACCCCCCCGACUAAGACUGGGCGCCAAGGGCCAGGGCUGCGCCCUGCGAAUGCCCGUCCCUCCGGAGUUAACGCCAACUGGUCACUACUCUUUCUUACGUAGUUUGUGAAGAUGGUUUACGAUGGCAAAUAAACGUUCUCGUCCUUUGUAGACGA